ACUGUGUUGAAGUUUUGUAAAUGUACUUAUGAUCUUUCCAUUUUAGGCAUUCACGACACGAUUAAUAUGACAGAAUGAUUAUUUAUUUAGUUAUUUAUCGCAUGCUUCAUUUUCUUAAUUUUGUGAAAAUUUAACAGGUAUAGGGCCUAUGCCGUUUUAAAAUGUAGCAAUAAAGGCACUCGCAUCCCUCUAACUUUACCUUUGGCUAAUUGUUGCAUACGCUUUGCAGAAUGAUUACCGAUGGGCAGGUCAUACUGACAUAUUAUUAAUAAUAGGUAGGCUAUCAAAACGGUUUUCUUUAUUUUUUUAUUUUUUAAGAAAGUACGUGUAUUCUGAGCUGUUAUUGCAGUGUUUCAUCUACUGUGAGACGUGAUCCAGCGCACGGACUGCUUGUGGCUAAGGGGGUGUGUUUAACUGACAGACGGAUGGGCUCAUGAAUAUUCAUUAUUAAAACGCACCGUUCGGGUUCAGUUGAUUGGCUGAAAGGUAGACGUCGGUAUGAGUGAUAGUCAGCUGACGAAUUAAGCUCACUUUGGCUUAUGAAUAUUAAUUACAUUUCUUAACCUCGCGAUUGAGGAAGGUUGGCAAGAAGCGUCGGCUUGACCUAAUAUUUAUUCAUGACCUAAAGCUUUGCCUUAGUAGGUUUCAACCGGCAGCAGCAUCUCGGCAAAGAUUGGUUCAGAUAUCCGCAGUACCAUCAACCAUAGUGUCCCGUAGCCUACAAUGCGGAAGGACACUUAACAUCAGACCUCGACUGAAACAUUUUCAAAGGAUUUGCAGACUCUUUUAUGGAAGCCGAGGCUGCUGUGGUAAUGCUGCCUCCCAAGAACUGCAUCCCCAGAAACUACAGUUGUAUCGCUGGGCUGUUCGGAAGCUUGACAGCAGCAGAGCAAAAGCUGGAGGACGGAGAAGAAGAGAUGGAGGGAGAGGAAAGCAAGAAUGGGGACUGUGAAUCGUUAGAAAUCAGCGUAGUGAAAGAAAAACCGAGAGGAAGGGAGUCAUUCCUGAAGCCCCCGUAUAGCCCGACACAGCGCCGCAGGUGCAAGUCUCUCCCCACAUCGGCUGAAAGAGCCAAAUUAGAGAUCGCACGAAGCCGGAGCCCAAGCAGUCAAAAAAAGGUACGUUUCGCUGACUCUCUGGGCCUGGACCUGAUUUCUAUUAAACACUUUGAUGACACGGAUAUGCCUGAGGUACCAGACCGCAUUAUUGACAAAUUCAAAAAAGCCAGAGCUCUCCACUUGAAUAAUUUCGACAAGUCCAACACAUCAAGCCAGUCCGUGUUUAUGGAGCUGCUCUUCGCAAAUCCAGGAUCCCUGCCAGACUUCCUUGACAGAGUUAUUGCAGCGAAGGUUUUACUGGAGUCUGUUCAGGCUAAGGAGUGCAGCCUCUCGGGGAUCGCGCGGGUUCUUAACUUGGCUUUCGAAAAAAAGGUCUAUUUGAGGUACACCAUAAAUAACUGGACGACAUUUGUGGAUAUUCUGGCAUCUUACGUCCCCCAUUCCAGCGACGGUCAGACUGACAAGUUCAGCUUCAAAAUCAUCACUCCGACUUUUCUGGAGUUUGGAGGAACACUGCAGUUUGCCAUCAAGUACUGUGUCGGGGGAGGUGAAUUUUGGGACAACAACAAUGGGAAUAAUUACAGAGUAAGACGACACAGAUUUAAAAUUUCUCCUCCAAGGGAAUGGGAGAACGGAUGGAUCCAUUUUAUUUAGUGCGCGCAUCAGCCGUUCCGCUAUGAAGAAGCUUGCUCAUUAAUAUUAAUUAUGUGGCUUCCAUUGACGGAUUGGCUAAGUAAUAAUCAUGAGCCAAGGCUUCGCCAUAGUAGGAUUAGUAAUCUCUCCAGCAGUGUACCAUGAAGGAACUAUACUGACCUUCCAUGAAAAACGUAUGUAGCAUACCACAUAUUCGUAAAUGUAACACCGUUGUCUGUGCGUUUGUCAUUGCUUAAGCAAUGGUAGAGAAUAGGAAAUUAAAUUGAGGUCAGAAAGGUAACCACUAAUUGACGAAUGUAACAUUAGGCACAUUGUUCUCUGACACUGAUUGUUUAGCUGCAGUACAUGGAUGGUUAAGGAGACAAGACCCUGUCCUGCAUUCAUUAAAAUGAGCAGCACCAUUUGAA